ACAUUCACGAGUAAGUAAACUCACAAGACUUUUGGCGUGGAAAGGAAAGUUCCCUGAUCUUUUUCAAAAGAGAGGAACGAAGUGGUCCCGCACCAGCUCCACCGCUCCCCCUAUUACCCGCCACCAUCUCACAAUUACCAUUUGGCGGGAAACUCCUAUAGCUUCCCAAACACGAUAGAGGGAAACCCUAAUUUACAAAAAAUUUCAAACCCACUCUGUCUCUCUCUUUCGUUAUAUAAAUCCUUACUGACACUACAUCCUAUCCGUGCCUCAAAACUAUUCGAUAGAAGUCCUCACUGAGAAUACGCUUUUCAUUCAGCGAAAGAAAGAUGUAUGUGGUGAAGAGAGAUGGUCGUCAAGAGCCGGUGCAUUUCGACAAGAUCACUGCUCGCCUGAAGAAACUCAGUUAUGGCCUCAGCACCGAUCACUGUGAUCCAGUGCUUGUGUCCCAGAAGGUCUGCGCCGGUGUCUACAGGGGCGUCACCACAAGCCAGCUUGAUGAAUUGGCAGCCGAAACCGCCGCCGCCAUGACGACAAAUCACCCUGAUUAUGCUUGUUUGGCUGCAAGGAUUGUUGUUUCAAAUCUGCACAAGAACACGAAGAAAUCAUUCUCAGAGACGAUAAAAGCCAUGUACUACCAUGUCAGUGAAAGAUCUGGACAGAAGGCUCCCCUGAUUGCUGAUGAUGUGUUUGAAAUAAUCAUGAAGAAUGCCGCCCUUCUUGACAGUGAGAUAAUAUAUGACCGGGACUUUGACUAUGACUACUUUGGUUUCAAGACCCUUGAGAGAUCCUACCUCUUGAAGGUCCAAGGGAAGGUUGUAGAAAGGCCUCAACACAUGUUAAUGAGGGUUUCUGUUGGGAUCCACAAGGAUGAUAUUGAUUCUGUUCUUAAGACUUACCAUUUGAUGUCUCAGCGAUGGUUUACUCAUGCAUCUCCCACCCUUUUCAAUGCAGGAACGCCAAGGCCCCAAUUGAGUAGCUGCUUCCUCGUGUGCAUGAAAGAUGAUAGUAUUGAAGGAAUCUAUGAUACAUUGAAGGAGUGUGCCGUUAUCAGCAAAUCAGCUGGAGGAAUUGGUGUCUCUGUUCAUAACAUCCGUGCCACUGGAAGUUAUAUUCGCGGGACAAAUGGGACAUCCAAUGGGAUUGUUCCAAUGCUACGAGUGUUCAAUGACACUGCCCGUUAUGUUGAUCAAGGCGGUGGCAAGAGAAAGGGUGCUUUUGCUGUGUACCUGGAGCCAUGGCAUGCGGAUGUAUUUGAGUUUCUAGAUUUAAGGAAAAACCAUGGAAAGGAGGAGCACCGGGCUCGUGAUCUGUUUUUUGCUCUUUGGGUUCCUGAUCUCUUUAUGCAAAGGGUGCAAAGUAAUGGGCAAUGGUCCUUGUUUUGCCCAAAUGAGUCUCCAGGUUUGGCUGAUUGUUGGGGUGAAGAAUUUGAGAAGUUGUACACGCGAUAUGAGGAAGAGGGCAAAGCAAAGAAAGUUGUACUGGCACAGGAUCUCUGGUUUGAAAUUUUGAAGUCCCAGAUAGAAACUGGGACCCCUUACAUGCUAUUUAAGGAUACUUGCAAUAGAAAAAGCAACCAGCAGAAUCUGGGGACUAUCAAGUCUUCAAACCUGUGUACUGAAAUAAUUGAGUACACCAGUCCAACAGAGACUGCUGUAUGCAAUCUGGCGUCAAUUGCUCUACCAAGAUAUGUUAGAGAGAAGGGGAUUCCAAUGGAAUCACAUCCAUCGAAGCUUGUUGGCAGCAGAGGUUCUAAAAAUCGAUAUUUUGAUUUUGACAAACUAGCUGAGGUUACUGCAUUAGUAACUUCAAAUCUCAACAAAAUAAUUGAUGUUAAUUACUAUCCGGUUGAAACUGCAAAAAGAUCCAAUUUACGUCACAGACCCAUUGGUAUUGGAGUCCAGGGUCUUGCAGAUACCUUCAUUUUGCUUGGCAUGGCAUUUGAUUCGCCAGAGGCUCAACAGCUGAACAAAGACAUAUUUGAGACUAUAUACUACCACUCCCUGAAAGCUUCUUCCGAGUUAGCUGCAAAAGAAGGCCCAUACGAGACAUACAAUGGAAGUCCUGUUAGUAAGGGAAUUAUUCAACCAGACAUGUGGGGCAUAACACCUUCAAAUCGGUGGGAUUGGGAUGCUCUUCGAGAAAUGAUAGCAAAGAAUGGAGUAAGAAAUUCACUACUUGUAGCACCUAUGCCCACUGCAUCGACCAGCCAGAUUCUUGGAAAUAAUGAAUGCUUUGAGCCAUACACCUCCAAUAUCUAUAGUCGCAGAGUUCUGAGUGGUGAAUUUGUUGUGGUGAAUAAACAUCUUCUUAACGACUUAACUGAGAUGGGCCUUUGGUCACCUGCUGUUAAGAACAACAUAAUUCACAAAAAUGGCUCUGUUCUGACAAUCCCAGAAAUUCCAAAUGAGCUGAAAGACAUUUACAAGACUGUUUGGGAGAUCAAGCAAAAGACGCUGGUUGAUAUGGCUGCUGAUCGUGGAUGCUACAUAGACCAGAGUCAAAGCUUAAACAUACACAUGGACCAACCCAAUUUUGGAAAACUUACUUCCUUGCAUUUUCAUGCAUGGUUCAAGGGUUUGAAGACAGGGAUGUAUUACCUACGAUCACGUGCAGCAGCUGAUGCCAUCAAGUUCACUGUGGAUACUUCUAUGCUUAACGGACAACCGUCGACAUCAUCUCAGAUGAUAGAUGAUGUGAGUACUCAAAUGUCCCAGAUGGUAUGUUCUUUAACUAACCGUGAAGAGUGCAUGGCUUGUGGAAGUUAAAGGGUUUCUACGUGGAGCAAGCAAAAGUUGUGUUGCUUUUGCUAUGGAUUUGGCUCACCGAGAGGCCUUUCCUAAUGAUAGGAUGUUGGUGAGCGAGGUACCAUUGAAGGUUUUAGGGAUAAUGGUUUCAAAAGUGAUAAAAUAUUCUAAACUUCAUAGCUUUGAAAUCUUUGUACAGGCAUAACUUAGUACUCGUUUCAUGUUUGGUUAUGACAUUGUAUUUCUAUUGGCUUCGUGUAUUCAUCUAUUACUAGGUUUUCCAAUGCAAAUGGGAGCUAGCUUGAUUCCAAGAUUUGUGGGUGCUAAUGAUGCUUUGUUUGAUUUGUUGACAUUGAAAUGGUAGUGCAUAAAGUUUGUUACCGUGUUA